UCAUUACAUUAGAUUUCUCGCACGAUAAGAUUUAGAACCUCUCUUGAGUUUCGACACAAGACGUUAAGGGUUGAAAAAGUUAAGGUUUACAUCAGGGUUUUGGUUCGUGGUUUCAUAGAUUUCGCAGCCCCCGCCUUUGUCCCUCUUCGCACCGCCCGGCAGUUGUCCAGGUGGUGCCUUGGUUCGUAUUUCGUCUGGCUGGCAAAACCAAAGCCGCCGGGCCUUCAGAGCUGAAGGCCCUUCUACCUUGAUGCCGAUCCAGAUUUUGUGCGAGGUGUCGCCACAAUUCUGACGAGCGCGCGCUGGCUGAUUUGGGGGUCAGCAUUUCCCUCGAGAUCUAGGCUGGCAUCUACGCCAGGCAAGCCGCCUCGCCUCGCGCGUUACUUGGUACGCGGAGCAGGCUGCCCGGCUUUUCUGCCUCCGGAUCUCGUUCCGCAAUCUUGCGGGACAACGUUCGGAGGCAGAGGUAGAUCACCAUCCUGGCCAGCCAAAGAGAUGCUUGCCCCUGUGAUGGCUGCCGCCAAAGCGGCAGGGUUUUGGUCAGGGUUUUGCUCCGAAAAGGCUCACCGCAAUCGAAGCAAAAACUUACUUUUUUCGGGAGCUUCCCCCGAGCUAAUAAAAUAAGUUUUUGCUUUCGCUUUGCCCUCCUUUUUGUGGCUGAAAGUGUGGAGCUGUUCUGGGCCGGUAUGUUCGCCCACAUCGUGCCCAGACAACCUACCUGGCCCUGCAAGUUACUUGGGGCAAGUGACAGGGUGCCCGGUUGCUCUGCCUCAGGAUCUCGCUCCGCAAUCUUGCGGGACAAUGUUCGGAGGCAGAGGUAGACCACCCUCCUGGCCAACCAAAGGGACGCCUGUUUCUGAGGCGUCCGCCGCCGACCUCAUCUGCAAACCAAAGCCUUAUUUUAUUACAUUAGGUGGCGUUGCGGAGAAAGAAUAAUUAAGGUUUUGGCUUGGAGAUGAGGUCGGAAGCCCGGUUUUCCCGGGGCUUCCCCCGAGCUAGUACGGUAUGUCUUUGUCGUCAAAUCGGCCACCCGGGUGUGCGGGUCUAGGCAUGGCCAACAUCCGCCGCCGGAGAUUGACUGGGCAAAAUCCCGGCCACAACAAGAGGUCUGCUUUCCGGGGCUGCUUUCGGAGCUCGUGUCGAAAGCAAAAACUUAUUUUUUUAGCUCGUGUUUCGGAAAAAAAAAAACUAAGUUUUUGAUUUGAAAUGAGCUCGUUAUACCCAGCCGACAAAAGUCGGCCUCUCUUUUUGAGGUCAAGUUCCUACGGGCCGGCCAUGGCCAGCCUCCAGCCACUGCGAGUGGCCCAGCAGGAAGUGGACCGCAAAAAGAGAGGGCGAUCUUUGCGGUUGGGUUGUCGACCUCAUCUCCAAACCUAAACCUUAGUUUUUUUUUGUCCGAAACGCGACCUAAUAAAAUAAGGUUUUGGCUUGAAGAUGAGGUCGACGGCGGACACCUCAGAGCCAAGCAUCUCUGUGGCUGGCCAGGAAGGUGAUCUACCUCUGCCUCCGCACGUCGCCGCGCAAGAUUGCGGAGCGAGAUCCGGAGGCAGAAAAGGCGGGCGCCCUGCCAUAUGCUCCAAGUAACUUGCAGGGCCAGGUAGGUUGUCUGGGCACGAUGUGGGCGAACAUACCGGCCCAGAACAGCUCCACACUUUCAGCCACAAAAAGGAGGGCAAAGCGAAAGCAAAAACUUAUUUUAUUAGCUCGGGGGAAGCUCCCGAAAAAAGUAAGUUUUUGUUUCGAUUGCGGUGAGCCUUUUCGGAGCAAAACCCUGACCAAAACCCUGCCGCUUUGGCGGCAGCCAUCACAGGGACAGGCAUAUCCGUCGUUGGCCGUUAAGGUGCUCUACCUCUGCCUCCUCCCGUCGUCCCGCAAGAUUGUGGAACGAGAUCCGGGGGCAGAGAAGCCGGGCGCCCUGCCAGUUGCUCCAGGUGGCUUGCACGACGAAGCAGGCCGCCCCGACACGAUAUGGGCAAGCAUAUCGGCGCAGCUCGGCUCCGCACUUUCGGCCCCAAGAUGAAGCACAAAGCGAAAGCAAAAGCGUACUUUUCCAGGUCGGGGGAAGCUCCCGGGAAAAGUAAGUCUUUGCGUCCAUGUCCGUGAGCCUCUUCUGAGCAAAACCCUGGCCAACCUCUUGCCGCUUUGGCGGCAGCCACUACAGGGACAAGCAUCUCUGUGGUUGGCCAGGAAGGUGCUCUACCUUUGCCUCCGGACGGCGUCCCGCAAGAUUGCGGAACGGGAUGCGGGGCCAGAGAAGCCGGGCGCCCUGCCAUUUGCUCCAGGGAACUCGCAGGAAAAGGCAGGCCGCCAGGCCAAGAUAUGGGCGCCCGCGUCGGCCCAGUUUUGGCCACCAAGUUCGGCCGAAAGGGGGGGGCCAGGGCAGGGGCAAAGGCGUAAGCGUUAGUCCGGGGAAAGCUCCCGGAAAAAAUCAGAACCUGCUUCCAUUUUGGUGCGCUUUUGUCAUGAAAAGGCCCACCCGAGAACUUGCCGCCUUGGCGGCAACCGGGACCCGGCCAAACCUCCAGCCGGGCAAGCCCGCAGCUGCUCAGCCUCUUCCCCCGGACCCCGAUACGCGCCACCGCAGGAUGAGAUCUGGGGGCGGAGAAGCCGGGCCAGCAGCCCGGCGCCCCAAAUACCUCGCGGCGGAUGGAAUGCGUCUGGGGUUCUUCUGGGGAGGUGCCGAGGCUAAUAUCUUGGCCAGCAGUCCAGGUCAGCAGAAGCCGAGAAAAAUGCCGCCGCGGCUUCAUCGUAUUCACCCGGGGGAGAGGUUGGAAGCAGCAAGCGCGCGGCCUCCAUUUUGCCCGGCUUCUGCUGGUCUGGAUACCGGCCGAGAUGUUGAUAUCGGCGCAGCGAGCUUUUUCGGCUGGAUGGUCUGCGCUUUCCUUUUCCAUUCAGAGCGAGGAGAAAAAAAAUGAAAAAUCGCAAAUCAAAACCUUGACCAAAAACUUAAUUCUUUCAACCCCUAAAAGAGGUGAAUUUUCAUUGAUCAUCGCAAAAAAAGUGUAUCAUUGUUCGAACAAUUGACGCCAUGCCCAGGCAUGGAAAGAAAGAAAGAAAGAAAGAAAGUGUAUCACUGUUCGAACGAGAUUGGUUUUCUCGCAAUAGUGGCAGAAAAAAAGCGAUCGUGUAGUUUAUAGGUACGAGAAAAAGUCUACAUAUUGUGUUUUCGGUUUUAUGUAUCUCAUUCUUAGCGUAGUGACUUCACCAUACCUCCGAAUCCGAAAGAACUAUUGUCCCACCACGUAGUGGUAGAAUGAACUGAAAAUCAUGACCGUGCCUUCUCCCUUCCUAAUCAAUCUGACGUUGAAUUGGAAUACUUUGAAAACCGCGAGCGCAGCUUGGAGAACGCACGGGUCGAAAAGGCGUUUGACUUCUGUGAAGUUGCGGCUUCCCCGCAUCGCCGCUGUGGCCGCCAUUUGUCCAGUUGUAAUUGCAGCAACAAGGAUGCGCGCCGCCACUGCUGCCACGACUCCCGUUCCGAUUUCCCUCUUAAAGAGGUCGGGGGGAGUGCGAGAGGUUCUGUUGGGAAAAGACGACAUUCCCCUCCGUCCUGGCACCGAUGAAGUUUACGUGCCGCACCUGCGAAAAGUGAUCCACGAUCAGCUGAAGCAAGAGGACGCAACGUCUGCACCGUGGCACUGGUCUUGUGUCAACCUGGACAGAGUCGUGAGUUCUGCAGAGGGAGAAGACGCAGUACUGGAAAGCAAUCCGCUGACGAUCAAAUUUCGGGAGUUGAUCCCGGCGGUAGAAGCCCCCGAUAUCUCGGUAAAAAUGAUUCGUCAGUAAAUCUCCACCCACAUGAUGCCAUUACCUUGUUAUUGUACACUGCUCGAAGUGCAGAUAUGUUGGGCGAGGCGUCGAACGAUCACCUUGAUGAUGCAAACAAAAAUGGUCUCGUGUUGCCCCAACGAAAUUAUCACCUUGGAUUCGUGCGUCAAUUUAUAACACAGCAAAAUCUACUCGGAAAGGCACGACGAGACAAAACAUUCAAAUGUCAGGAUGCAAUGGAUGUCGAUGGGGGUGAAGGAUCUCGGCAUGGCUCCGGGCGGUUGCAAUUCGAAUUUAGCGAUACCAUUUCUGGGCCCAGCAAUAGCCCCGCGCUAAAAGAACCAUGGGAGACGAAACCCCUUGCGCAAUACAUGCUGUCUGGAGCACCGUCGUAUUUUCAGGAUUGCCUGAGCUUGGGCGAAAUCGAAAACCUAAAACUGGAAUGCCGUGGCACUUUCAUGAACAACUAUGCAAAAGGGCAAUGGACUGACAAAUGGCCAGCAGAAAGGCAAAAGAAGUUCUUCGGCUUCCUGGCGGCCAACUCCAAACGCCCGAACCCCUGCGCGCUGCUUUUUACCGCGGUAAAGCGUUUUGCAAUCUUCCUCCACGCCUUCGAGGACGGUGCCGAUGCCCACGAGCACUUUAAUGAGGACGCAAUCCAGAACGGCUUGGGAGAAUUCUUUCGGCAUGCUCCGCAGCUGGAGGAGCUCGAAAUUUAUUGGAAUGGAAAGACGGGGCAGACCCUCGAAGCGUCAUUGUGGCAGCCGUUAGCCCAGAACGACCACGCUGCAGCCACGCUAAAGAAGCUCUUUGUCGUCGGCGGAAAUUUACGGGGCAUUGGUGGUGCUUUGGUGAAGCUUCGAGCCUUGCAGGACCUUGUCGUGGUCGACGCUGAGUCUAAGGAAACUCUCCGGGCACCUCGCUGGGGAGUCCAGAUCGACGGAUUGGCUAGCAAGUCACCAGACGCAGACGCGCAACCAUUGAUCGAUGAGGGGCUCGACGAAAUACGUGAAUAUCUGAAAACCGACAGCAGCAGAGCUUUGAGCACCCUCACGCUCACUCCGGCGGUCCUGGCCAGAAUGCGCGAUGGUAUUGCGGAGUCCACGGCCCCUAUCCAGCGGUUCCGCAUCUGGGGUGUCCAUGACGUUGAUGUUUUUCAGCAGGCCGUCGAAGAUUUGAAGUUCAUUCUGUUGAAUAAACCCGAUGCCCAGGGAAUCGACCUCUGGUUCAUGGUCGACCAGAACCUCGUACUGUACGUGGAAUUGAUGCACGCAUUUUUUACCGAAAGGAACAUCCCGCUCCUACAGAAACUCGGCGUCGUGCGGUUUUCCUUUCCGGCGGAUGACGAAUUAAACAAACUUCAAACUGACUGGUUGGAUACGUACAAAACACUUGAGCCCUUCGUCGAAUUCUUUCGCGAGCAUGCAGAUCUACCUUUUCGACUUGACCUGCAGGACGAUGAGGACUACAAACGGCAGUACCUGGCUCAGGUAGAUCCGAUCCUCGCGCAGUUAAAAAACGCAAGAAAUCAACCUCGAUCAGCUCGCCUUUGCAUGAUCAGCCACACCUAUACAAACAUUUUUUCUGGCAAAAAGGAAAGCUUAUAUAACGAUGCUUGGCUCCUCCUCCUGCACGGGCUUGCGGCUGGAAUUCAUGUAUCAGUUCCGAGUAUUAUGUUGAUGAUGAUCUCAUGAUGAUGACUGAAAUGAAUAUGGAAAAAGCAUAAGAGAAACUGAUGGCGGUGCAAAUUUCUUUUGUUCCAUAGUGCCGGUUCGUGGAGCAGACGGAGUGUGAGCCCUUUCCCGAGUCUCAUCGUGUCCAUUAUGGUUGGUGACGGAUGGCCAUAGAGAGAUUUGUAUGUUUGCCCGACACGCACACUUCGCACCUGUUGCGAAGUGCUGGCACUUGCUACUACUUUCAAGCAGCUCUACGAACUUGCUGAUACCUGGUGUUUCACUUUUUCCCCAAUGCCACUGCAAGACAUUUGCUAGUGUUGGCAACAAACCAGGAUAAAGAGAAAACAAAGACGAUAGCUGUAAGUUUCAGCCCGUCUGAGAAGCAAGGAAAAAAUGAAUCGCAUGCUGGACAAGUAGAGGUGGAAUUUCGUUUCCGAACAUUGGACAACUUCAUGCGUUUGUAU